AUGCAAAUAUCAACAACAAAAACAAAGUCAUUAGUCAUAAGCAAAGAACCCAAAAGAUGCAAACUUGUCGUCGCAGACCAACCAAUAGAACAGGUGAUGACAUUUAGCUAUCUCGGCGUACAGAUAUCUUCGAACCAAGAUAGAACAUACGAAGUUCGUGAGCAGGCAAGUAAAGCAUGUAGAAUGGCAGGUGCACUCCGCGACGUCAUAUUCAACAACAAAUAUAUGAGUAAACAGUCAAAAACCAGGAUCUACAAAACUUGUGUCCGACCUAUCAUGACAUACGCCAUAGAAACCAGAGCAGACAACAAAAGAACUAAGUCCAUCCUCAGAACAACUGAAAUGAAGAUACUAAGAACCAUAUCUGGAUAUACACUGAGGGACAGGAAGAGGAACACAGCCAUUUUGGAAGAAUGCCAAGUCCAAGACAUUGUCAAAUGGGGAAGAGCGCGACGACGUUACUGGAACAACCAUAACAGCAGAAUGAACGCGGAGAGAAUAGCUAAGAUCGCCCGAGACGGAAUCCCAAAUACCAGAAGACCCAUAGGCAGACCUCCCAAACGCUGGAAAGACUCCUGGGUGUCUACAUCCAUAGAGGAUUAG